GAAAUUUCCAGCUAAUGCCUAGGCACGGAAUAAAGUGUUCGUGAGAAGGAAAGGAGAGGGAAAGGGUUUCGCGCGCCUCCUCUUCUAUCCAUGGAAGCAAGCGAUAAUUUCCAGAUUCACGCUUGCAUCCGGCGCUUCUAGCCAUUGCUGGUGAGGAGCUUAUUGAUUUGGCCGGGAAAAUCUUUGAAAAUUGCGCUACAUUCGUCUAAUUAGGCACAGGAAUCAAGCAGGAAACCUCGAAAUCUUUGAUUCACAGCGCGAGACAAUGUCGCUGAUCGAGGCGCACAACCUGAGGAUCGUUGGGAAUGGCCAGCGGAUCGUCAUCCUGAGCCAUGGCUUUGGCACGGAUCAAUCGGUGUGGAAGCACCUCGUCCCCCACCUCGUCGAUGAGUAUCGCAUGGUCCUCUUUGACAUCAUGGGCGCCGGCACCACCAACGCCGAGUUCUUCAGCUUCGAGCGCUAUGCCACUCUCGCCGGCUAUGCGCAGGAUCUCCUCUCCAUCAUCGACGAGCUGGAGAUCGACUCGUGCAUCUACGUCGGCCACUCGGUCUCGGGCAUGAUCGGCUGCCUGGCCGCCGCUGCUCGCCCCGAAAUCUUCUCCAAGAUCAUCCUUCUCUCGGCCUCUCCCAGGUACUUGAACGAUGAGAAUUACUUCGGAGGCUUCGAGCAGCAGGAUCUCAACGAGCUGUUUGACGCGAUGCAAUCCAACUUCAAGGCGUGGGUGUCCGGAUUCGCUCCGCUGGUAGUGGGCGACGAUAUGGAAUCGGCCACGGUCCAGGAAUUCAGCCGCACGCUCUUCAACGUCCGCCCGGACAUCGCCCUCGCCGUCGCCAAGAGCAUCUUCCAGAGCGAUUUCCGCCACAUUCUUCCAGGAGUUUUUCCGCCCUGCCAUAUACUGCAAAGCAACAAGGAUUUGGCGGUGCCCGUGGUUGUGUCCGACUACUUGGCGGCGCAUUUGGGCGGAAAGACGGUGGUGGAGGUGCUCGCCGCAGAGGGGCACCUGCCACAGCUCAGCGCCCCCGAUGUCGUGAUCCCAGUGUUGCUACGCCAUCUGGAGAUGGAGAUCUAGCAGUCUCUCUUUCUUUUGAGCAAGUGAUCUUAAAUUUAGUUGAAUUUUAGGGUU